AGUCCAAUUCUGCCCGCUCAGCUAACAACUUGGAUCAGUACAUUAUUUUUUAAUUUGAAGAAAUUUCACUUCUAUCGUAUCGCGAAUGUUGUGAAAAUAGUUUUAAUCGUAAAAUAAAGUUUAGAAUCAAUAAAUAUUAAGAACUUUAUUUUGAUUGCAAUAUAUUCGGGCUUACUGGGAGGAAAGAAAAAUGGGCGAAGUUGGAAACACAGUGGCUGAAGAGCCUAAAGCAGCACAAUUGAAAAUGAACGGAGAAUUAAAUGGGAAUCAUGUAGAUGAUCAAGAUGAGGUUAUGGAAGUUGACACAACUCCCAUUGAUAAUAAAAAAAUAUUAAAAGAUGGAGAAAAUGAGCCGGAAGUUGUUGCGGAAACUAAUGGUAACAAAGACAAGAAUGUAAUUGAUGGAAAUAACAUUGUGAAUGGAGAUAAUCAAGUUAUAUCAAAGCCUGAAGAAAUAACAGUUCCCGGUCUUGCUGAGAUAAGUGAAGAUGGGACGAUGGAUUCAGAGAAAGAUGCUUUAGAACUUCCAGAUGAUUCCAAUAAUAAAAUGGAUACAAAUCCUGUUGUUCUUUCUGAUUCAUCUGACGAUGAUUCUGGAACGGAAGAUGAUGGAAAUUCAAGUUCAACAUCAAAGUUUCGUUCAGCUGAACGAUCAGCAGCUGUGAGUGAGAGCGAAGGAAUUUCUAAUGGUGGAAUAAGCACAAAUCAUAGUAAAAUCGACGAUGAUGACGAUGACAAGCCAGUAAGCAUUCAUUCCGAUUCUGAUGAGAAAGAUGACUGCAUCAUGAUCGAUGAUUUGAGUAAGAAGCGAAGUGAUGUAUCAGCAACAACAAGCGUUGAGCCUUCGCCAAGACGUGUGCGAAAAAGUUCAAUGCAUGCAAUGACAGACUUCGAUGAUGACAUUGAGGAGAUCGUUGAAGAUCCUUUAGAAAUGGAUGCAAAUCCAGCGAAAAGAAUUAAACUUAGUGGAACAACAAUCACCAGUGUUGACUUGUCACGACCGUCAUCAUCAUCGUCAGCAUCAUCUGCUUAUCCCGUCAACUUAACCAUGACUAAUAAUCGUUCAUCCAGUUCAAGCACUUCUCAAGCUUUGAACCUUACAACAAAAUCUGGAAAUUCCCUUUUAAAUCCAUUUGCAACGCAAGUCACAUCAUCAUCAUCGUCGUCAUCAAACGCUACGUUACUUCCGAAUCUCACUGACGAUAUGUUCGUUCUCGAGGCUCCUUCCUUCAUCGUUCCAUACAUUUAUGAGAAACCACCAACAAUCAGUUUAAAGACACUUGUGAAUGAAAUCAGCAAAACAAUUACACAUCGAGAUUCGGAAAAGCGUCGUGUUGAUGAUGAAACAAGUGGCGCUGAGUCGGAAUUAAAUAAUCAAAAGUCGACUGAAAGUUCCGACAUUGAUGAUCGAAAUAAGAAAGCAAAAGAUAAGAAUAAAUCACGUAGACGAGGAGUUACAAAUGGUGAUGAGUCUUGGGAUGAAUACAACACAUCGACAGAUGAUGAAGCAUCAGAUGGUGAGAAGAGAACGAAAGUUCUUAUCAAAGAAUCUCAUGCUGAUAUUGAAUCCAUUAAAACUCAUAUCAUCAGUCCAGAUACAAUAAGUCAAUCGAUUAUUGGCGAGAAUAAGAACGAUUCGUACUUUGAAAGUCCACUCGGAAAAUUCUUUAUGACUAUUGGAGUGAAUAUGGUGCAAGAAUACGUACAAAGUGAUUUACUUCGACAACAGAAACGACGACGUGAGAAAGAAGGUAAAGCACCAUCAGCAGUCACACAAAUGGCUAUCAAUUCAUUGCAAAAGAGCUUAGAAGUGUCGAAAGAAAACAACGCACCAUUUAAGCAUAGGAUGAAGCGUUGUGACUUUUGUCCAUUUAAAACUGAAUCUGAACUCGUCUUGUCACAGCAUUACGAAAUUCCACACUUUAAAAAUAACAUUUACAAAUGUAAUUAUUGUGAGUACGAAUCAAGACCUGUUCAUGAUAUCCUUUAUCACAUGGAAGCAAUUCAUAACAUCAAAGGACGUCUCGAAAAGCCGUUAAGUUAUCAUCAAUGUCCAAAUUGUCCAUUUGAAGAUAAUGGGAAAUCGAAAAUGGUACGACAUGAAGCUGCCUGUGCUAAAAAAUAUAAGCCAGAAGUUAAUUUGUGUCCACCAAUGGAUUGGGAACCACCAGCAAAAAUACCUCGCAUUAAAGCAAAACAUGGACUUGUCGGUGCUGCAACAGCUUAUCAGGCUAUGGCACUACAGCAACAACAGCGUGUCGCUCAAGCAAAUGCUGUUGCUGCAAAUAUCAACUCGUUGCAACGCAACAACACCGCUGUCAUGGCAGCUGCGGCAAUGAAGCGUGGGCGUCAACAGAAUGUUACAAAACAACAAAGGAAUACAAAUCCAAUUCGUAAUUCUGAUCAAAAUUAUUCAAAAAUGAAUGCUAGCUUGCUACAGAGUAAUUAUCAACUGGCUGCUGCAACGUUAGCGGCUGCUAACACUCAGUUCCUGCAACAGGUCGUUGCCCAGAAACUUGCUAUGUUGAAUCCCGCAGCCGCUGUAGCUGGAAAUCAAAUGUUUAUGCCAAAUAACAUCGCUAAUAAUUCAUCGAAGAAAGGAUCAACUCCAAGUAUCUCAAUUACACCUUUACCACGACAACAACAACCACAGGCAGGCAUAAAGCCAGGCCAGAGUCCUAAUGCAAGUGGUGCAAAGCCACAAUUUGUUAUUUGCGAAAUAUGUGACGGGUACAUUAAAGAUUUGGAUCAGUUGCGUAAUCACAUGCAAUGGAUUCACAAAGUUAAGAUUCAUCCCAAGAUGAUCUACAAUCGACCACCAUUGAAUUGCCAAAAAUGUCAGUAUCGUUUCUUCACCGAUCAAGGUCUCGAACGUCAUCUUUUAGGGUCGCAUGGGCUGGUUACAAGUUCAAUGCAAGAAGCAGCUAACAAUGGGAAAGAUGCAGGACGGUGUCCGGUGUGUGGAAAGGUAUUCCAAUGGAAACUUCUUAAUCAUGUAUCACGUGACCAUAACAUGACAUUGAAACCUGCCCAUUUAUCUUAUAAAUGUACGGUUUGUACUGCUACGUUUGGAAUGUACAAGCUAUUCGAGAAUCACGUCUACUCAGCUCAUAGCACUGUUGCUAAGAAAGAUAAUAAGAACAAAAGUUCAACAUCGACAUCGAGUUCGUCAUCAAGUGGAAAUUCACUUUUAAAGCCUCUAAGAAUUAACGAUGAGAUCACCAUUAUUCCACAACCAACAAAACGAUCUAAUGAUAUUGAAAGUCACAUAAUAGAUUGAGUUCAUGCUGAAACAACAACUAUCAGCAGAUGAUUCAAUGAAGUGAAAUAUUAGACUUUAUAUACUACAGGCAGCGAAAGCAUAACUCCCAAUUAGAUAAGCAUAUUAAACCAAUUCAAAAUUUUUCCUUUGCAAAAUCAGAAUGAAUAAAAAAACAUGUUAGCAAUGUGAAUUUUUUUUCUUUAUGUCUUAUUAAAAAUCUUUAUUUAUCAUUUGCUAAUCUUAAGAUCAGUUGUUCUCUUUAGACUUUUCUGUAAAUAAAAAACUAAUAAAAUUCAUGAGAAAUAGUAAUAAGACUUCAGAAGAAAAAAAAGAAAUUUAAAUCAUUAGCGAUCAUUGAAUCUAAAAGUGUAAUUAAACAAAAAGGAAUUAAAAUAAAUGCAGUAGCGUAUCAGAAGUUAAUAAGUUAGUCUUAAAAAUUAUCAAAUCAAAAAUCAUCGCGAAGAAAACAGGAAGUGAAAAAUUAUAAAAAAUGUUUAAUUAUGGAAUUCAUUUUCUUUUCAAACUUAAUAUCUUAUUUAUCUCAAUUCAAAUCUUAAGAAAGUAAUCUGUUUAAAAGUAAAAUAUCUUUUAUCCCCAAUAUCAGAAAAUUCUUGUGUUGAGAAAGUUUUGAACUUUGUAAUUUAAUUUGCAUUAUCUUAAUAAACCCCAAAUAAAAGAAAAAGUUAAUAAAAGGAAUUUGAGACUAAAAUAAA